GCUCUCCAGCAUCAGCGUUAGCGGCAGCAGUCGUCGUGGUGUCGUCUGUCCGUUCCGGACGCACCGCGUCCCGGGCUGAAAAGUUGGCCAAACACCGGGGAGAAGAACAACACAACCGUAGACGCUCCAUGAGAGCGGCCUCAGAGUGAACCGGAGCCGGGGCUGCGGAGGCAGGAGCCGCCGCCAUGAACGACAGGUACCACCGGGCUGCCAGCGACGGUUACCUGGACGUGUUGAGGGAGGCGACACGGAAGGAGCUGAACGCCCCGGAUGAAGAUGGCAUGACACCGACACUGUGGGCCGCGUACCACGGUAACCUGGAGGCGCUGCGGCUCAUCGUGGGGAGAGGAGGUGAUCCGGACAGGUGCGACAUCUGGGGGAACACGCCGCUUCACCUGGCGGCUGCCAACGGCCACCACAACUGCCUGUCGUUCCUGGUGGCGUUUGGUGCCAACGUGUGGUGUCUGGACAAUGACUACCACACUCCACUGGACAUGGCUGCCACCAAGGGCCACAUGGACUGUGUUCGCUACUUGGACUCCAUUGCUGCAAAGCAGAUCACCCUCAACCCGAAGCUGGUCGGCAAACUCAAGGACCGGGCCUUCCGUGCCGCAGAGCGACGGAUCAAGGACUGCGCGAAGCUGCAGAGGAGGCACCGAGAGCGCAUGGAGAGGAAGUUCAUGAAGGAUUCUGCAGCAUUGGACAACCUGGAUGCUAUUAGCUUUUCUAGCUACACAAGUGGCAGCACGCUGAGUCGCAAGUUCAACACCGUCACCUCCAACAUGCCAUACUCACAGGCCACUCUUCACUCCACAGCCAAGGGCAAGGCCAAGAUUCAGAAGAAGCUGGAAAAGAAGAAGCAGGUUGAUGGAACGUUCAAGAUCUACGAGGAGGGGAGGAAAAGUGUGCGCUCGCUGUCCGGCCUGCAGCUCGGCAACGAUGUUAUGUUCCUCAAACAGGGCACCGACGCCAACCCCAAGGAGAAGUCACGCCUCAACAUACGUUACAUGUUUCCUCGUGAUGAUGACGAUGAUGCAGACACCAUCUCCCGUGCCAUGAGCGACCCAGGGCUCCAUGAAGCUGCAUUCUCGGAGAUCAGCGCUGACUCUGGUCGAGAUUCCCUGUUCAACCGUCCUGGUCUUGGCACCAUGGUCUUCAGGAGGAACUAUUUGAGUCGGGGUAUGUUUGGAAUCGGGGCACAGGAUGAAGGGAGUGUUGCAGGAAGUGAACCUGUGGGCCGGGCACCCAAUGUCCGUCUACGUGGACACCUGCCUCGCCCCCCUCUCAGUGUUGAUGGGGACAGUAUUGGCAGUGCGUUGAGCCUACAAGAGAGAAACCUGCACGAGUUGCCUUGGGAAGAGACGGACAUCGGACUGGAUGAGGACCAGGAUCCAGAGAACAGUCCUCUGGAGACCUUCUUGGCCUCGCAGAGCCUCAGUGAGUUCAUGACGAUCUUCAGGAGAGAGAAGAUCGACCUGGCUGCUCUGCUGCUUUGUUCGGAUCGGGACUUGUCCAGCGUUCACAUCCCUUUAGGACCCAGGAAGAAACUGCUGGACGCCUGUAAGAGACGCCUGGACACUUUAGACGAACCAGAGGCCAUUGAAGACACUGAGCUCUGACAGUCAGCAAGGACAAAUCCAUAUUUCCGUUUAUUAGUAAAUUAGCGUGGAAGGGUUUUACUCGACAUCUUGGAAACACAGGUCUACAUUUUGUGAGGUUAUUAUCCACUGUAACUUCUGAAUACUGGAUCAAAUGUCCAGUGUGAGUUCACCUAACUUCACCUAAUCAGCCACAAUAUCAGCGUCUAGUUGUUCAAGAACCUUAAUCUAGAUUAAAAUGGUCCAGUUUGGGAAAUUCAAAAUUUUGACAUCUCGGAUCACGAAAUCCAUCAUACUUUUGUUUUUGGUUGGAUUGGAUCACCCUCAUCCAGAUGGUUAAGAACUGGAUUAUCUGGACACUCAUUUGGAGCCAGCGCUUACUUUUCAAAAGAUUAUUGGCAGUUUUGAUAAUCCACAGCAAAAUAUAAAUUAUUAAAACUUUAAAAUUCUAUUGACAUUUUGCUCCUGUAAUCCAGUGUCAAUCUGCUUGGAUCAGGAUAAUCCUAAUUUGGUUGCAUCAAAGUUCUCCAAACCUCACACAAAAAACAACAAAAAAUACUGAAGUUUGAUCCCAUUCAAUCACUUAUCAAUGUGUUUUAAUCCCAUUACUGGGCUCUGAUGAUACCUGUGUGUGUGUGUGUGAGAACGGCUGAGUUUAUUUGACUUACUGAACAGCACCAUCUUGUGGCAUUUUUGUCAUAUGACAAGGUAGGAUUUUAGAGCUGAAGGUCAUUUUAGAAGCAUGCCAUAAUCACAACUGGAUAUAUAUAUUCUAUUAUCAAAUCAGUGAAUGAAUCUAAACGUCUUUUUACAGUUUCACAACUCUACAUAACUUAAAAAUAUGUUGUUUUACAGUGCAGCACAAAUGCUGUUGCAGCAGUUGAACCACAGGGGGCAGUGUUACAGUGUUACUGUGAGGUUCUGAGUGUUGACUGAAACACUGUUAUCUGGUUUCACUCCGGCUGUUUGAGGGUGAGGCUGAGCAUGAAUGUACAUUUUAUUUUGUUUUUGUAAUAUUUAUGAGAAGAAAAUGUAUCAGCAAACAUAACUGUCUUUAUCUUUUUUAAUAAAAUAAAGUGAAAUGA